AUGAGAGAUCGGCCUGUCAUCAGCAUCGAACAUUACACCAUAUACUGCGGCGAUGCUGAUGAGAAGAAAGUGGGUGACUGCGCUAUAGCUGUGAGAAACGAUUACAAGAACCUGGUGGAGGAAUUCGGCUCAACGUUGUCUAGAUGCGCCUUUUUACGACUGCGGGAUCGCAGAGGACGUAGACUCCGGAUCGCAAGUGCUCACGCACCUACGAAAACCGCUGAGGACAACAGCAAGGACGCCUUCUAUGAUGAACUCAAUGCGUUGAUGUCUAAAAUACCAAGCCAGCAGGUGGACAUUGCCAGAAUCAACGCAAAUGCGAAAAUGAGACUCGAAAAACAAUCUCAUGUGCUGAAAAAAUGGUAUUAUCCAGCGAAGCGCACAUCGGAUAACUGUGACCCUAUUGUUUACUUACGUGAGCAGACGAGCCUCAUCAUCGCCUUCACGUUUAAGAGGAAUCAUCGACGUCAUCAGCUCACGUGGCAGGGUUCAACUCCUUUAACGCCUGAAGAGGAGCACAAGCGGAAGAUGAGGACUCUUUAA